CUAGUCGGCGGUCACUUGGAAAGAGAGAGACUGUUUUGUUGUAAAAAAACCUCCAACCGGUGUGCUCUUUUUUUCUUUUUCGAGUGCGUUUUUUUUUGCGAAUUUUCUAAAAUCUAAUUUAUUGUCAUGUCUACAUUGAAUCUGGUUGAUAAUGAAUGGACUUCUGCGUCUACGUCAAACGAUUUGGAGCAUGCCGACGACGGUGUGUCAACGAUUGUGGAGGAAAGGACGACGAUGCUCGGAUUCAGCUCAUUUUUGAUUGGAGUCAAAUCUGUUACUUUUGCCAUUUAUUUGGUAUUGCUUAUUGUAUCAGUGAUCCUCCUUGACAUUUCAUUUUUCUACACAAUUCUUGCAUUUGGAAUCGCUGAAUGCUUUCUGAUAGCUAUCACAAUUUAUCAUGGAAUCAAGCCAGCGUUGUACGUAGUACUCUUAAUGCUUGCUUUUGAAAUGACGUUGUCGUUGGUGAAGUUGGUUUUUGCAAUUGUUUUGAUGGCAAAAGAUGGUGGAAAUGAUUGUUCUGUUGAUCACCCCUGCUCAAUUCUACACAUUUCGCUAAUUGAACGAUUUUAUUUGUUCUUUUUUAUACUGAUCACCGCAUUUUUCGAUGGACUAGCCGCACUUUUGACCAUCGCGAAUUCACCACAAAUGCACGAAUUCGAGAUGGGAGGCGAGUAUUUGUUCUGAGGGCGGACUUGAGGGCUUGUGCAGACAGAUAACAAAACGGGCAUUUCUAGAUUUUCUUUCAAUCGUGUGAUUUUACAAAAAUUCGAUCUAUUUUUUAUUUAAAUAAAUGACAUUUAUAUAAAAAUCUGAGUUGGUAAA